CGGCAGAGUACGCGUUUUCCUGGAGACUCGAAAUCUUUUUUCUGGCACUAAAACGUAGAAAACGUCACGAUGAUGCACAGAAGGGGAGGCAAGCGGAUCCGUAUGGAUGAUCCGGUACCUCCGGAGUAUGAUACGCCGAUGACGCCGUUGACGCCGAUGAACGACAAUUCCGGCGGGGACGCGAACGACUCUUAUAUUCCAAUUCCAUAUACACCGUACAAUCAGACUCCGUCUCAGACUCCGCUGCACAAUCCCACUCCAGAGCAUUACUCAUCCGAGAGCUACAGUUCACCAGGUACAACUCAACAAUAUCAGGAACAAUCAGGAAACCUUGAUAAUCAAACACAAUUUGAGGCUCCUGCAACUCCAGCAGCUUCUAACAUGAGGAUUACAAGAAACACACGUGCCAGAAUGCGCGGAGGUGUGGUGCAGCAACCUAAGUACAAAGAAAUCGAUACAGACUAUGCUCCACUACCCACUAGCAAAAGCAAAGGUGGUGGUGGACGAGGACGUAGCAAAAGAGUACACCAUCCACAUAGUUUAGAAGAUGAAGCUAGUCUUUAUUAUGUUAUUAGAAAUAAUCGUUCGUCGCUUACUACUAUUGUUGACGACUGGAUAGAAAAGUAUAAAAGUAACAGAGAGAACGCUCUUCUUAUGUUGAUGCAAUUUUUUAUUAAUGCAAGUGGUUGCAAAGGUCGCAUUACUUCAGAGAUGCAACUGACUAUGGAACAUGUGGCAAUAAUUCGCAAGAUGACUGAGGAAUUUGACGAAGAAAGUGGUGAAUAUCCAUUAAUAAUGACAGGACAACAAUGGAAGAAAUUUCGUGCAAAUUUUUGCGAAUUUGUUCAAAUUCUUGUCCGACAAUGCCAAUAUUCGAUUAUUUAUGAUCAAUUUUUAAUGGAUAAUGUUAUUUCUUUACUAACUGGGCUGUCAGAUUCACAAGUAAGAGCGUUUAGACAUACUGCAACGCUUGCAGCCAUGAAAUUAAUGACAGCUUUAGUAGAUGUUGCUUUGACUGUAUCUAUAAAUUUGGACAACACACAACGACAGUAUGAAGCAGAGAGGCAAAAGGCUCGGGAGAAAAGAGCAGCAGACAGAUUGGAAUCUUUAAUGGCAAAGCGAAAAGAAUUGGAAGAGAAUAUGGAUGAAAUAAAGAACAUGCUUACAUACAUGUUCAAGUCUGUUUUCGUUCAUAGAUACAGAGAUACUUUGCCAGAAAUACGUGCGAUUUGUAUGGCAGAAAUCGGAGUCUGGAUGAAGAAGUUCCACCAAAAUUUCUUAGAUGAUUCUUAUUUGAAAUAUAUUGGUUGGACUUUACAUGAUAAAGUUGGAGAAGUUAGACUUAAAUGCUUGCAGGCAUUACAACCAUUAUACGCCUCAGAGGAACUGAAAACGAAGCUCGAGUUGUUCACAAGUAAGUUCAAAGAUAGAAUCGUCGCAAUGACGUUGGACAAAGAAUAUGAUGUGGCGGUCCAGGCUGUAAAACUGGUUAUCUCAAUCUUGAAACAUCAUAGAGAAAUCCUCACUGAUAAAGACUGCGAACACGUUUACGAGCUUGUUUAUUCCUCGCAUCGCGCGGUCGCGCAGGCGGCUGGUGAAUUUUUGAACGAACGUUUGUUCCGUUUGGAUGAAGUAACUAUGGCGAGUGUUAAGACCAGACGUGGCAAAAAACGAUUACCGAAUACACCACUUAUACGUGAUCUUGUUCUGUUCUUCAUCGAAUCUGAGUUACACGAGCACGGAGCGUAUCUAGUUGAUUCUCUGAUUGAAACUAAUCAAAUGAUGAAGGAUUGGGAAUGCAUGACAGAUCUUUUGUUGGAGGAAGCUGGUCCCGAUGAGGAAGCGUUAGAUAAUCAAAAAGAGACAUCACUUAUUGAAUUAAUGGUGUGUUGUAUAAAACAAGCUGCUACAGGUGAAGCACCAGUCGGCCGUGGACCUACUCGAAAAAUUCUAUCAGUGAAAGAACUUAAACAAGUUUGCGAUGAUAAGCAAAAAUUGACAGAACAUUUUAUUCAAACGUUACCAUUACUACUUGAUAAAUACAGAGCCGAUCCUGAAAAAUUGGCGAAUUUACUCGCAAUCCCACAAUAUUUUGAUUUGGAUAUUUAUACAAAAUCUAGACAAGAAAUAAAUUUAGACUCUCUAUUAAGUAAAAUUCACGGGAUUAUAGAAAAAAUGCAUGAUACCGAAGUUUUAGAUACAGCGUCUAAAACAUUGGAACACAUGUGUGUGGAAGGUCAUGCUAUUUUCACUAGGUGUGACGUUGCUCGUUCAACUUUAAUUGAUUCAAUCGUAAAUAAAUAUAAAGAGGCGAUAGAUGAAUAUAGAAAUUUGAUUGAGGGAAACGAGGAACCAGACGAAGAUGAAAUAUUUAACGUUGUCCAAUCACUCAAAAAAGUUUCCAUAUUUUAUUCCUGUCAUAAUAUGAAUCCUUGGGGUAUAUGGGAUUCAUUGUAUAAGGAUAUUGAAGAUGCAAAAGAUCCUUCAAAAUGCCUACCACCUAAGGCAGUUAAAUACUGUAUAAGCGCAUGCUUCUUCGCUAUUUUAUGGGGUGAACAUCAUUUGAUGGACGCUGUGGAUUCAGGCAGUCGUGGCGAGAAUGAAUGCCGGGAAUUGAAUGAACGACUGCAUUCGUUUAUAGGUUUGAUGCGUCAUUUCGUCAGUGGUGAUAGCAGUAGCGCGCCAUCAUCGCCGAUCUUAAGGGAAGUUGCGUACAAUACCAUAUGUGACUUGUUAGUGGUAUUUUGCAACCAACUGACUACGCAUACUAAUCCCUUAAUGCAUCAGUUGGUAUAUGAACCGGAUCAAGCGAUGCAAAACAUGCUAAAUAGAUUUAUACAAGAGUAUGUCUUCUCCGAAGAUGAAGAUGAUGGACAUGAUGAACACUCUAAAAUCGAGGAACUGCACAAACGAAGAAAUUUUUUGGCUGGCUAUUGCAAAUUAAUCGUAUAUAAUAUGAUUCCCACGAAAGCUGCGGCGGAUGUGUUUAAGCAUUACGUCAAAUAUUACAAUGACUAUGGCGAUAUUAUUAAAACCACAUUAGGGAAAGCGAGAGACAUCAACAAAACGAAUUGUGCAUUAACAAUGCAACAAAGCUUAAAUAUUUUGUACAACGAGAUAAUGAUUGACAAAGGCAAGGUGAACAGAAAUAGCGAAGAAUUUACCGCGAUAAAGGAACUUGCGAAACGAUUUGCUUUAUCCUUUGGUUUGGACGCAGUGAAAAAUCGCGAAGCAAUUACAGCCUUGCAUCGUGCAGGAGUGUUAUUCGUCAUUACUCCUCCAGAUGGUGUCGAACAAGAUCCUACAGGUCCACCACCGAAUUUACCAUUCCUUGAAAUAUUAUCAGAAUUCACGAAUAAACUUCUCAAACAAGAUAAACGUGUAGUACUCAACUUUCUGGAUAGACGACUACAAGCUGGAAUGCCAUCUUCACGAGGGGAGGAUUGGCAACCUUUAUUAUUGUAUAGAAAUAGUUUAUUGCAUGGUGAAACUGAUCAAGUACCAGUUACAAGCAAACGAGCUUACACAAGACGCAAGAAAGAUUUAGCAGAAGAAGAAGAUGCUGAUGAACCUGACGAAGGUUCUGAUCACGAACUUGCUGGCAAACAAAAGAAAAAGCGUGGUCCACGGAAAAAUCAAUUACCAGUUACUAAAGUAGUAAUACGCGGACCCAAAACAAACGCUAUCUAUGAAAAUAAUAACACUGCAGAAAUGCAAACGUCUCCUUCAGCGCCCACAGAAGAUACCUCGACAAGUCCUUCGCAUGAUAUUGAUAACAAACUUAAAACUUUACAUAUCCAGUCAAGAUCACGGCGAAAUCAAGAUCAAGUAGAGCACAGGGAAUUGCGGAGAACUUCUAGAAACUCGGGAAGAUAUGUUGAGGGACAAUAUAUGGAAUCUGAUUCUGAGUAGGAGACAUCGUAUCAUUAAAAGCUUCGCUCUCUUACAUUCUUAAAUUUAGAUGAUUCGAUUGUGAUAUGUAUUCGAAGCAGCUACACAAUUUCAAAAUUACACAAAAUUAAUUUCAAUUUAAUUUAUAGUUAACA